UUUCUUUUUCUUUUUUCUCUCUCUACCUCUCGUAUCUUCGCCGAUCGACGGAACCCAGUCCACCGUCUUCUGCUGCAAUCUCACGCCGCCACGCCAACCUCCGUCGUCGUCCGCAGUGCCUUCAACUCUUCUACGCUCGCCGUUGAGAUGGGUUUGUUGUCCACAGCAAGAAGAAUGGCAUGGAGGCAGAUUACACUGCAACCAUACUCAGCUCCUUUAUUUGCUAGAUUCUUUUCUAAAUCUACCCCAUAUGUCGUAAAGGUGGGAAUACCAGAGUUUUUAAACGGUGUUGGACAUGGGGUUGAGUCACAUGUGCCUAAACUUGAAUCAGAGAUUGGCGAUUUCCAGAAGCUGCUUGUUACUCGCACACUUGAGCUAAAAAAACUUGGAAUUCCAUGCAAACAUAGGAAGCUGAUAUUGAAGUACACACAUAAGUACAGGCUUGGACUAUGGAGGCCCCGAGCUGAUUUGGUGAAGGCCUGAUGGUUUUAACAAUGGGUUCAUGAGGUGAAUUGAAUGAUUUGGCUGAUCCCUGGACCUCAGUUUGAAUUGAAUUGAAUUGAAUGAUUCUUCAUGUUACUGCUUUUUUAAUUCUUUCUAUGCUAAUAUAAUAUGUGCUCUAUUCCUUGUCCUUCCUUGCUAAUAUUUAAUCAGCAACUCUUUGUUGGGGUUACAUAUGUAUAUGCAUACGAUUUGAUGGUGAUCAAGUUGCGAUGGUGAACUUAAUUUCAAGAUAUAAGGCUUUCCUAUUAUAACAGGUUGU